GCAAAAUGCUUCUUCCUCGUUCCCAAUUUCAUUCAUAUUCCAGUAACCUAACAUCUCUCCAUCCCAAGCGUUCGUCUCGGCUCCUCUCCGUCUCCGACUCCGGCGCGGCGUCUCAAUUUCCUCUCCGGCUAAUCUGAAUUUUGAAGAUCAGAAGAAGGAUAGAAGAACAAGAGAAAAACCUAGAGAGAAGUUUGAAAUGUGCAGAGGGAAAAAAGGAAGAAGAGACUGAACAGUAAAGUUUUAUGGUGUUAGUAGUUUGGUUUUUAGUUAUUUGUUGAGGAAACAAUGUCAGAAGGAACCAGUAUGGCUUCUUCUGAGCAUGGCCCGGAUUUGUCUCAAGAUGAUACUGGUACCAUUGGGGAAACUCCUGAAGUCACAAUAUUGUCACAACAAACUUCUAUCCAUCUUGUUCCGUUUAUUGGCCAAAGAUUUGUGUCUCAAGAUGCAGCUUAUGAAUUUUAUUGCAGUUUUGCUAAGCAAUGUGGGUUUUCUAUUAGAAGACAUCGAACCAGGGGAAAGGAUGGGGUGGGUCGAGGAGUUACAAGAAGAGAUUUUACUUGUCAUCGUGGUGGAUUUCCACAGACGAAGCCUUCUGAUGAUGGGAAAAUGCAAAGGAAUAGAAAAUCGGCGCGUUGUGGUUGUCAAGCAUAUAUGCGCAUUGUGAAGCGGGUAGAUUUUGAUGUCCCUGAAUGGCAUGUUACAGGUUUUAGCAAUAUUCACAACCAUGAACUACUAAAAUCAAAUGAAGUGCACCUUCUUCCUGCUUACUGCACCAUUACUCCAGAUGACAAGACUCGGAUUUGCAUGUUUGCGAAAGCUGGAAUGUCAGUGCGGCAAAUGUUAAGAUUGAUGGAGCUAGAGAAAGGUCUUAAGCUUGGUUGUUUACCGUUUACAGAGAUAGAUGUGAGAAACCUCUUACAGUCUUUUAGAAAUGUCAAUCGUGAUUAUGAUGCUACUGAUCUUAUUUUGAUGUGCAAGAAACUGAAGGAUGAAGAUCACAACUUCCAAUAUGACUUUAAAAUUGAUGGCCAUAAUAGGCUAGAGCAUAUCGCUUGGACUUAUGCUUCAUCAGUUCAAUUGUAUGAGGCCUUUGGAGAUGCAGUGAUUUUUGACACAACCCAUCGCCUGGAUUGCUAUGAUUUGUUAUUUGGCAUUUGGGUUGGACUGGACAAUCAUGGAAUGGCCUGCUUUUUUGGUUGUGUGCUUUUACGAGAUGAAAAUAUUCAGUCUUUCACCUGGGCAUUGAAGACAUUCUUGGGCUUCAUGAAAGGAAAGGCUCCACAAACAAUAUCAACAGACCAAAACAUCUGGCUGAAAGAGGCUGUUGCAAUUGAAAUGCCUGCAACCAAACAUGCCAUUUGUAUUUGGCAUAUUAUUUCAAAGUUCUCAGAUUUGUUUCUUACACUGCCUGGUUCAUGUUAUGAUGACUGGAAAGCUGAAUUUUUUAGGCUAUAUAACCUAGAGUUUGAAGAAGAUUUUGAAAAAGAGUGGAGAAAAAUGGUUAAUAAAUAUGGACUCCAAAAAUUUAAGCCUAUUACCAGCUUAUAUGCAUUACGGACAUCAUGGGCAUUGCCAUUCUUGCGGCAUUACUUCUUUGCUGGACUGUUGAAUAUGUCAGAGGCAAUUAAUGCUUUUACUCAUCGGGUUUUGAGUGCAGAGUCUCAACUAGAUCGUUUUGUGGAACGAGUGGCUGAAAUUGUUGGCUUCAAUGAUCUGGCUGAACCCCAGCAGAAGAUGCAACGGAAGCAGCAGAAUGUCUGCCUCAGAACAGGUUCACCAAUUGAAUCUCAUGCAGCUUCUCUUCUUACACCUUAUGCCUUUGGUAAACUUCAAGAAGAGCUCGUAAUCGCACCACAGUAUGCAUCUCUUCUGGUAGAUGAAGGUUGUUUCCAGGUCAAACACCAUGCUGAGAUGGAUGGGGAUCACAAAGUCAUGUGGAUUCCAGGUCAAGAUCUAAUGAGCUGCAGCUGCUGUCAGUUUGAGUUUUCUGGCAUCCUUUGUAGGCAUAUUCUCCGUGUCCUGUCAACUAAUAACUGCUUUCAGAUUCCAGAACAAUAUCUACCCAUCCGUUGGCGUGGUGUUAGUUCAUCUUCUACAUUCAUCUUAAGGACUACUGCAAGAGAACAUUCUGAGAAGAUUCAGUUAUUAGAGUCCAUGGCUUCAACUCUUGUGUCAGAAUCUCUGGAAACAGAGGAACGCCUUGAUGCUGCUAAUGAGCAAAUUGCAAUUGUACUAGCUCGUAUCAAAGAACUUCCCAGGCCAACACAUGAUAUAGAUGACAUCCACUAUACUUGUCCAUCUCACUCAUUGAUUCAACCGGAGGUAGAAGUUAAUGAUGGAAUUAUUCAGAGUUUUACAGUUGGAAAUCCUCAUGAAUCUUUUACUUUAGAAAAUUUCAAAGAGAGAAGGCCAAGAGAUGGUGUUGAUGUUACUAGAAAGCGAAGUCAUUGUUCUGAGCCUUACUCUAGGCAGUUCGGACAAAAUGCAGCCCGUUGUCCAAUAAUUGGAAGCGAUAAUUUGAAUGCAGAUGCACUAGGAUACCUGUAGAAUAAGAUUUUGGAGAUGCAAUUGAUGCAGGAAGCAAUAGCAUUGAAUAGUCCUGUUCAAUUUGGCAUGGUUAAUCUUGACGAUGAUGGUGCUUUAUGUAUUGGCCCUGGAUACAGAUCUCUGCAUUUUAUUACCUUAUAUACAAUCUGUUGAAUCUUCAGCCAAGGAAACCUUGCUCAGCCUGCUUGGCAACAAUCUGGCAUCACCACUUGCUACUUUUUUGCCAUGAACUCGGCGCCUGUGUGACCCAGAAACUGCUCUCCGUGCCACUGCUUUCCCAAAAUUAGUUUUGCUUGCACCUUUGGUGUUGGGUUGAUUUGCCGGGUCGCUGGUGGUGCUGGCCUCAAGGUGCCUACCACUGGUAUUUUCGGAGGCCAUUUUUUCUAGAACUGCAAGGAGGAGGAACUUAGGAGAAGCAAUUGUAGAUUGGCUAGCAAGGUAUGGUUUUGUGUUAAGCUUUAUAGAGGCACUUGGAAAACUUUCAGCCUGUGUCAUGCAGACAGACAGACAGACAGCCAUGGACGGCUAGAAUUGGUUGAGAAAGACAAGCCAUGCUUGUGGGGUUGCCAAAAGCAUCUCUAAAAUUCUUGCCUAUAGAAUAACAUUUUGUCAAUGCUGUCUUGUGUGUUAAGAAACCAAAGCAACAAUCUUUCUCUUAUUCUUUGAUUCCAAGAUAGAACAAACAUAGUCAAUAGGAUAGGAGAUGGGUGAUGGCUUUUGUUUUAUGCAUUUGCCUGUUACAAUAAUGGAUUGAUAAAAAGAAAAAUCUGCCUUGCAUAUAGGAAACCGAAAAGAAUAGAAAGAAUA